AUGGCGUGGCGGGGUAUAUGCGGAGAGGAGCUGAAGGCUUGGCAGGAACUUGUGUUGUUAUUAGAUGAUGUGUGGGAAAGGAUUGACCUGUUAAAAUUGGCGGUUCCUUCCCCUAAUAGUCAUGAAUGCAAGAUAAUAUUUACAACUCAGUUAGAAGAGGAGCUUAUUUUGCUCUGGAUUGCAGAAGGUUUCUUGGCUGAAUUUGAUUGCAAUAUUCAUGAAGCACGUAAGCAAGGAGAAGAUAUAAUUUCAACUCUAAAGUAUGCGUGCUUAUUGGAAAAUGGUGAGAAAGAUGAUACAGUUAAGAUGCAUGAUGUGAUUAGAGGUACAGCUCUCUGGCUAGCUAAUGAUCACGGGGAUACGAUGAGAUUCAUUGUAAGAAGCUAUUCCAUGACAACUGGGCUUGAAGUUUACAAUGAUCCAAAGUGGAAAGAGGUAGAAAAGCUAUCAAUGUGGGGUGGGGGUGAUGUGAGCACAAACUUCUCACAAAAACCCCAUUGUCCUAAUCUCGUGCCUUUGCUUAUUAGGAAUACUUGGAUACAGGCCUUUCCAACUGAGGCAUUUGUCCUUCCAAGUACUGUCAAAGUUCUGGACUUUUCUUCUAAUUAUGGAAUAAGAGAUGUACCAUCAGAAAUAGGGGACUUUGUAAACCUGGAACACAUGAACCUAUACAAUACUCGUAUAAGAAAAUUGCCAGAGGAGUUGAAGAAUUUGAAGAAGCUGAAGGUCUUGUUGCUGGACAGAAUGCACGUGCUUGAAUUCCCAGAGAAAGUUAUAUCCGGUUUGUUAUCCCUUCAAGCUUUUAGCACGAGACGAUCAAAAAUUGGAGGGAUUGAUGAAAAUGUGUUGUUGAAUGAGCUAGAAGGCUUAGAUCGUCUUCAAGAUAUACGCAUUUAUGUCUUUAGCACCUCCUCUGUCGACAAAAUACUGAACUCCCCAAAAUUGCAAAGAUGCAUGUGUGAGCUAUUUGUUACAAGAGUACACUCAUCACUCCGCGACUUGUUCUCAUCACUUGGAAAUAUGAAGCAUCUUGAAACAUUAACAGUUGAUGCUUGUGAGGUUGCGGAGACUCCGAGGAGCUUAUUUAGGGCACAUGAUUAUAUAAACCUUCGCAAGUUGGUUCUCACUGGGUUUCAUAAUAUGCUUGACUUGAACUGGCUUAUACAUGCUCCAAACCUUGAAUUCCUUACAUUAGCCUAUUGUGAUUCAUUGGUGGAAGUUAUAAGUAGCGAGGAUUUUGGCACUGAGAUACAGAAAAAUAAUCUAUUUUGCAGUCUCAGUUAUCUUCGAUUGAGAUAUCUGAGGAACUUAAGGAGCAUUUGUAGAACAGCAUUAGAGUUUCCUUGUUUGAAGGAGAUUGAAGUGUUUCACUGCGGCAAUUUGAAGAAGCUCCCAUUUUCUCAAAAUACAUUGAAAAAUCUACAAUGCUUUAUAGGAUAUGCUGAAGAGUUGUUGGAUCAAUUGGAGUGGGAAGACGAAGCUACUAAGGAUCUUCUUUCAUCAAAAUUUCGAAGGGUAAUUAUUUCUGUCUAG